GAUCCGCGGAAUUGAACCAAAACCGUAGACGCAGACACUGCCUCGGCUUCCUUAAUACUGAAUAGCAACCAUAUCCUUCAGUCUAUCCUCACAAAAAUAUCACUGCGACACUAUGUGUAGGUCCACCGAUCUUGUUCAUCAUCCCUCAUCGCAUUCACACGACGGCGAUGAUGCCAUCAACAUUAAAGCUCUCUUCGUUCAUGCACGCACAUCAGCUUCUGGUUUCAACGAUCCCUUGCCCCUCACUGUCCUCUUCAACGCUCCCAUUCAUUCUCUCUCUCUCCACCGCUUUCUCAAUCAUCCACUUCCCCACGCCUUAUUCGCCGCCAAGCUCAGCCUCUGCCUGCGGCGGCGGCGGUGGCGCCAGCCCCUUUCCUUCCAGCUCUUUCUCGGCGAAGCCCUGUUGUUGAAAGGGACUUUAGUCGAACAAGACCAACAUCGCUGGACGUUGGACUGUAAAUCUCAGCUUCACCUUCUUCAGUCAUCAAUAUCAGAGGUUCAGCUUUGCUUUGCCUUCGAUGACGGAAACCUCGCCGCCACGAACUGGGUGAGGCUUGGGAAUCCCAAGGAAAGAGUAAAAUAUUGCGUUGAUGUUUGUCGCUUAGAGCAGAUUCCAGAAGAAACGGAGCUUCCUUCAGAGGAUUCUCAUGGGGUCUUGGACUUAGAACAACUCAGACGGACCGUCGAUUUGGGAAUUUGGGUUCUGUGCUUGGGUCUUGGAGCUGGCUACUUGGUUUCCAGAGCUUCUGUCCGAAAGUUCCGUGCUUUUUUGAAUCUUUAGCCAAAUCUAAUUAUUGUCGCAGAAGGAAAAAGAAAGAAAAAUAACAAUAAAAUUACUUUAAAUUAUAUAAAAUAA